GUCUCUUCACUCUCACUCCCCACUCUGCUCCCAGUCCGGCCGCCGCCGCCGCCGCCGCUGACCGCCGUAGGAGGCGAGCGUCAGAGAACGCGGCUCUCGCUCGCCCAUGCUUCUUGCUUAAGCUUGACACAUCGCUUAGCACGGCAGGUCAGCUGCUGGCUGGUUGCAGUAACGAGAGGGGAGGCGAGAUGCCGGGGAUGGAGGAAGCAGAGGACUACGCGUCGUGCGCCUUCUCGCUCACUUGCCCCGAAGACGGCGCCGAGCUCGGGGACGGCGUCGUGGACGACGGCGACCUCUUCUUGUUCUACGCCGGCGGCGGCGCCGCCGACGAUGAGGACGGCGACAAUGAGUACGUGGAGCAGCUGGUCUCCAAGGAGGCCAGCUUCUGCUCCUCCUCUGACUCGGGCGACGCCGACUGCUCGUCGGCCGCCUCCGAGGACUGGUUCCUGCAGGCGCGCCUCGCCGCCGUCAAAUGGAUCCUUGAAACGCGGGGCUGCUUCGGGUUCGGCCACCGGACGGCGUACCUGGCCAUCGCCUACUUCGACCGCUUCUUCCUCCGGCGACGCGUCGAUAGGGCGGCCAUGCCGUGGGCGGCGCGGCUCCUGUCCGUGGCCUGCGUCUCCGUGGCGGCCAAGAUGGAGGAGUACUGCGCGCCGGCGCUGUCGGAGCUCGACGCCGGCGGCGGCUACGAGUUCUGCUCCGCCUCCGUCCGCCGGAUGGAGCUGCUCGUCCUGUCCACGCUCGGCUGGCGCAUGGCCGCCGUUACGCCCUUCGACUACCUCCCCUGCUUCUCCUCCCGUCUCGACCGGCACGACGGCCGCGGCGGCGGCGGGCAUGACCCCGCCCGCGUCGCCCUCAAGUCCAUCGGCUUCAUCUUUGCCACAGCCGAAGCCGGCAGUGUGCUGGAUUACAGGCCAUCUACUGUGGCUGCAGCUGCAAUCCUGGCUGCAUCCUAUGGAGCUCUACUGACCAAAGAAGCACUGGAGUCCAAGAUGGACAAUCUAUCUCCAUCAUGCCCCAUUGAGAAGGAGCAUGUACAUGCCUGCUACAGCAUGAUGGUUGGCGACUUGAGAAACAGAAAGAGCAAUGGCAAGAGAUCAUUGCCAUGUUCAGACUCCAAUGAAGUUGCCACCAGUACAUAUGAUUCUGUUCUUGUUGAUGAUGUUGCCGACACCGCCGCCUUCAUGGCCGCGGUGUCGGAGAUGAACAAGCGGAUCAGACUGGAGCCGCCGGGAAUCCAUUGAGAAGCUAGCACCGCCGGGGACACGCAAUUUUUUGUCAGAUGUCUAAGGGGGCUUGGUUUGGAUCUUCAUUUUGUUUUUUCCUUGUUCAAAUUUGUUUAGGUUCUUUCAGAGCCAUUGCCAUGGUUGGCAUUGGCAAUGCUGUUGGAUUGGUUUGGAUUGGUUUGUGAGAGGGGUAAGCGAUGAGCAAAGAUAAGGGCUGGGCUGAGCUUUCCUGAGGAGAGGAGAGCUUCACUGGAGCCCAAUUCCGGCCGGUGCCCAAACUCUGCACUGUUUUUGGUAUGCCAUAGUGGUGGAUGCCAUCUUAAGUUGCAUAUGGUGAGAUGCUAGCUGUUGGAUGCAGUGGUAGCACUGAAAGGCUGGGGUUUUGGCCAUUGUUUAUAGAGCCAAGAAGAAAAAGUUGCAAGUGGAUGUGUGAUCAGUGAGGAGUGGUGUUCCACUAAGAUGCACUGCACUGUACUUGCGUGGAUGCAUGGGUUACAUUGGUUUGUGACAAUCUCCUUGGGGAGUAGUUGUAACUUCUGUAACAUCUGCUUCUGUUCUUGAGAAAUGGGAUCAGAUUGGUGCAUUUUGUGUAUGUGUGUGCA